UCUAAGAUAUUUUUCUAUUGUAUGACAAACAUACUCUGACUUAUCCACUGCUUUCGUGAUACUAACUACAGAUACCUCGAACACUUCCGUUACCGAUGAGAUGGCGCCAGCAGUGGAAUCCAAAGCCGUUGUAUCGUGGCCAUGGACCGAAGUGAGAUGCUGCGAAAGGGACCCUCUGUUGUGGGCAUUGGCAUGUACAGCCGCGAGAGUCGAUCGAGCAAUGCGCAUCGAUAAGCCUCUGGAUUUAUCUUCGAAGACAGUGUUCGAAGCGACUUUGUUGGUGCGGGAUCUACCGAUGCGCGUGAACAUGAGUCGAGCCGAGUUUUACUGGGAUAACGAAAGGAAGAGAGAUAACAGUGUUGGAAGUAUUGUGAAUUAAUAAAUCGAGGUGACCAAGAUAACGUAAACGAAAUAACAAAACUAAACGAAACGAAGGAUUGCUUCCUCGCGGAUGAUAAAUAAAUGUCGAAAUACGUAUUCAACGAAUGAAAACAAAGAUGUGCUCUCUCGGCGCGCGACGCUUGUUAUAAGGUUUAAGUUAUGUGAAAGUUUUCUACCGUGCUCAACGCGUACUCACACAUCUUAAUGUAGUUUUUACAUUUUACACCCAGUACCUUACGUGCAUAUUAUGAAAAAGUUUCGUGUUGUGAUAAACGUACACCAUGCCGUUGUACUGACUCUUCAUCUCGUGAUCGUGGAGUAUUGUUUUGGUUGAAAAAAAACAAUGAGUUGAUUUAAUAAUCGGCUCAUUAUUUUCUAAUCCACAUUUCGUCUACUCUCAAUCCGCGUGCGGAUACGUGUAAUAUGAGGGCAGUGAACAACGUGGAAGAAGGAAAAAUGUUUCACUCUCUUCCAGCACCCUGAUGUAAAGCAUGAAGAUUCCUGGACUCCAGAUCCCGGGAUUCGUUCGGCUCCUCCAGUUGGUCGUCAAGUAGCUGCCCCAGGUAGUUAAUUUGGAAAUAUCAGCCGGAAUGGAGCUGGCCGGGCAGCAGCCGUUGUUCCUCGGGCCAAGCGGCGUCGUGGCCGCCGGUUCCGGGCCCGGAGGAGUCGUCGUCGCGCCCCGGCAAAGUUCGCCGAUGAUCCAGGGCGUCGGAUCCGGAGGCAGCGUCAUCGGCGUUCCCGUCGAGCAUUACGGAGCUCCGCUGGGUCUCGCAGCCUGCAUAUCGGAGUCCGGACACGAAAUACUCCGGCCAAAGCCCCGACGACCCGCUGGGGGCGGAGGCAGGGAAUUUUACACUGCUCCCUACGCGAAGGAAUCGCCAGACUCUCCUCAGCAAACGGGGACGCACAAUAUGGUCCACAUGGUUGCCGAACGAGACACAGACAGCGUGGCACCGACGCCGACGCCCCAUCAUCCCCAUCACUCCCAGCACCAUCAUCUCAGCCUGCAUGAACUCCGCGGUCUUCAGCGGGGACCAGAAUGCACGGGCAACAGUUCUUCGGAUGAGAAUCGGUCCUCUGGACAUGCGAGCAUGUCGGACACCGGAGGUCACACUAGCAGCAGUUCGCCCCCUCAUCGUCACCACAGAGUUCACAGUCCACAAGCGUUGAAGGUUGUUCCAGAAGAUGACCGUUUGUCAGCAUCGGUAACCCAGCGUAACGCCAGGAUGAGAUCGGGACAAAAUCGUAAUCGGCACAGAGCUACUCCGGCAAAGCUACAGGUGCCGUGGUCAGGAUCCGGACUGGAGGACAUAAAGCUGGCUAUUCAGCAGCUGACGAUGCGUUCUCACACCUCGACCUCGACGUACUCGUCGUUGAGCGGUUCCGAGAGUUCGGAGCCUGCGGUAAGACGGCUUAUGCGUCACUCAAGCCUCGAGACGAUCAACACCAACGUUACCAGUGCCGACGAAUUCGUGUGGGUCGACUCGCACAACAGGCUUGUCGAGCUGCAGCAGCUUCCUUGGACCCAUCACGACGUCCUCAGGGUCCUGCAGAACGGACGUACCAGGGAACACAUGGAGCGUGUAUCCAUGGAAACAAUACCGCGAUUAUCGUACCUGCUUCAAAGGGCUCUCGUAAGAGUCGGCAGGGAGACUCAGAGGCUUGCCAAACCUCUCGGUCUUUGCAGCAAGCACGAAAUUUACAGCGCCUUCAAAAUUGUGCUUUGUCCAGCCUUGGCUGAUUCUUGUACAAAGGCUUGCCUGCGAGCAGCAGCCAUGUUCGCUGUGUCUGGGGACCAGCUGAAACAAUCAAAAGGUUCGCGAGCAGGCCUGCAACUACCGGUCGGCCGUUUUAUCAGAUGGAUGACAGACGUGAAAUUAGGAAAAAUGGUUCACGAGUACGCAGCUGUGUAUUUGGCUGCUGGUGUGGAAAAUCUUUUAGAAGAGAUUUUGCUCCAGUGCAUUCCGACGGAGCCUCACGCAACCUUGACCGCUACUAUGCUGGAACACGCGAUAGCGAACAACGGUGACUUGUGGGGGCUACUGCAGCCUUACGCGCACUUGAAUGCGGGCCGAAUCGCGUCUGGCGCACUCGCGAUGCCUCGAUGGGCCAGCGUCAGUUCUCUCGGUUCAAACUCAUCCUCACGCAGCGGGCGAGAGGCUGCCGGUUCCACCCUUGAACCUUCGCUGCUGACGACUUGCGUAGGCUCCAUACCUGAGCUUACCGAUCUAAUAUCCAAAGUAGCCCAGUCCGGGCGUUGCCCGGUCCCAUUGACGCCCAGGGCCCUGAACGCGCUCUUUUACUACAUGAGAUGCUCUCAGCUAGAGCACGGUGAAAGAGGUACGGGUAUCCAGGAACUCGCCUAUGAGCGAGCGUACGUCGUUCUUCCACCGCUAGUCGAGUGGUUGAGGGUGGCUACAGCCCAUGCCGAGCAUCGGCACGGGAGUAUUUUGGACGAUGAUGACAUUGGCCAGGCAGCCAGGCUGCUUUUACCCGGUGUAGAUUGUCCGGUUAGACAGAUUUGUUCGGAAGAAGUCACUCUCUGCUCAGGGCGGAUAGACGAUGCCGAAUGCACGCGACGUCUGACGAUGGAAAUGGCCUUUAAAAUGCUGACGAGUUCGCGACCGGAAUUAAUAUCUCAAGCAAUCCCUCUGCUCCCAUCGACGAAACUGAAUACAGUUAACGACAAUGGUUAUACCGCUCUGAUGCUGGCCUGUAUAAACGGCGACGAGUGCGCGGUUGUUGCAUUGCUCGAUGCCGGGGCCGAUUUGAACGUCGAGAGUCCCGCUCCGUUGUCGAGCCAAGUCGCGGGAAGUCCAGCCAAAAAUGUGCUGGUUUCAGGGGGGCCGAAAAAUUCUCCAUCUCCAAAAAAUUUGGGAGGACACCUCUUCGCAGCCUCGACAAAAAGCGCCAACAAUCUAAAUAUAUCGAAUUCAUCGGGCAGCACCGGCUCCAACGUCUGCUGUGUUCAGAACGGAUUCAAUGCAGAAACGCAGCAUUGGACCGCCCUCACGUACACAGCUUUGCUGGGUAAUUGCACGAUAGCAAGAAUGUUGCUCGAAAGAGGCGCCGCUGUUGAAGGAGGUGCUAAACUGAGCGAGGAUAAGUGCACUGUUACGCCUCUCCAAGUGGCUACUGCUGCCGGUAAUCAUGAAAUGGUUGCACUGCUCCUUGCUCAUGGCGCGCAACCGUUUUUAUCCACUUUGAUAAAGGAUACAUUCUGCUAUUCUGGUUCGGCACAAAGAGGGUGUUACAGCGCCGUAUCGGUGGCAGCGGCACAUGGCCAGAGAGCCACACUGAAUCAGCUGUUAUUCCAUCCGUUAACUACUUCUUCAAGACGUAGUGAGAAGGAAGUUUUAUCCCUAGAAGAGAUUCUUGCCGAAGGAAACGCCGGUGUUCAACAACACACGGCUGAAGGACAAGGAGAAAGAAAUCGAGAUGCGAAUGGUCCCGCCUUUAGUAAAUCACAAAUUAAGAUGCUGCAGGAAGCCAUGUAUCAUAGCGUCGAGAGUAAUCACCUAGCUAUAACGAUGGAUCUACGUAGUCUCGGAAUAGGCUGGACCCUUCAUUGCUGGAUGCACACUUUAUCUACCGCACACGAAAUGCGACUGGAAUCUGUUAUAGACCAACUGCUUCAAGACUUUCUUCAAGUCUGCCCUGAAGAUUAUUCGACACAAUUUGGUCAGGAGUGUCUUCCACUUUUGUUUAACAUUUUUAGGUACAGCAAGAAAGAAGCAACGACUCUUCUACUAGCUGAUAUAUUCAGCAGUUGCUUUGGAUGGGAGCCGAUUAAGCCGAUAAGAGAUACCACGUUGUCAAGCGGUUCUCGAAUUGAUCCGAAAUUCGUGAAUAACCCGGAGUUGAGCGACGUUCAGUUCAGAGUUGAAGGGAGAGUAUUUUAUGGGCAUAAAAUAGUCCUCGUCACUUCUUCGCCACGGUUUAGAAACAUGCUCAGUUCAAAAUUGUGCGAAGGGAAUCCACCGAUUGUGCAGAUAAAUGAUAUUCGGUAUCAUAUCUUUCAGAUGGUUAUGGAAUUUUUGUAUCACGGGGGUUGCGCGACAUUGGAAGUCAGUCAAAGUGACGUCUUGGAACUUAUGGCUGCUGCGAAUUUUUUCCAACUAGACGGCUUAUUGAGAUAUUGCGAAGCUCAAUGCUCCGCGAUGAUUAACCAGAACAAUAUAGUCUCCAUGUACAUUCACGCUAAGGUUUACAAUGCAGCUCAGUUAUUGGAAUACUGUCAAGGAUUUUUACUGCAAAAUUUGAUGGCUCUUUUAUCGUAUGAUGACUCUGUGAAACGACUUUUGUUCGCUAAAAAAUUGCCGAAUCACGACGUGCUUGCAGGUCUGCUGCUCACUCUGCAGGCGCGAAUAAAAGCGAGAAAACCUCAACAGCCGACCAAUCUUAACGCUUAGUUGCGCAUUGAAUGAAUCGUUCCACAAUAGUUAUGCCUUGAGCAAACUAUAGAAGCCAGGCAACUCUUCAACUACACGAUGGUUACGCAUGUACUCCGGACCUUUGCCAAAUAUUUCAAUCAUUAUCCAGUGUAGGUGUAAACAAUGCCGUAUCCUUGUAAUGACUGAACUCUACGUACUCUCUGACCUUACACCAUCCUUAUCUCGAAUUUUGAAGCUGAUAAAAUUGAAGCGCCACUUUACCGUCGCUAGGAAAAUGGAACCGUUGACUGCAUUGAAUACAUGACUGCUCCAUUAUUUAAUACUGAUUAGAACUGUAUAUUUUUAUUUUUUUUUUUAUAACAAUCAAAUUUAUUUAUAUACUUAUGUAUAAAUUUAUGUUGUAAAAACUUUUCUUGCCUUAGGUCGUAGUUUGUAUUGUACUUCAUUUACAUAUAUAGGUUAUAGGUUGUAGGAAUCGUUUUGUGAUACACGGCAUUUGAUAUUCGGUGUUUACUUUUUUCCUGUUGAAUUAAAUUUUGUUUCAUACUUUUGCCAGAUUAAUAUGAUACUGAAGAUAUAAAUCAUUCGACAAAAACUCGACAUAAACAGAUUGAUCGAUUUAGUUUUUUUGCUAUCAUUUUCCAUGCCGCAUAUGAACUUUGUGUACAGAUAAAGUAUUUUGAAAACUUUGUUCACUGCAAAGCAAAUAUGUGAAAUUAAUAUUUAUAGUGUUAAUUUUCUAUUUCUUUUUUUCUCAAGUACUAUCCUAUAUAGUAUGGCAUAAAAGAUGUUCAAUAAUAAAUACGUAUUUAAUAUCACAUAUCGUUUUAAUAUUAGUAAUAGAAUAAUUACAUUUUCGUGAUCCAUAUUUAAGAGUACAGAUUAACAUUUGACUAAAAUCAGUAACAUAGUGUUAUAAUUAUGAUAAUAAUUAGUUGUAUAUACAGCUGUGGUAAAAAAUGGUAAUGAUAGUGCUUUAGGGAUCUCUCAGGAUGUGUGUGGAAUGCCUACAAUUAUUAUUUAUUACAAUAAGAAUGGUUCAGGCUGUGAUAAAAUGGCUGUCUCAAUCUGUAGAAAAUUUCCAAUCAUAAAUAUCAUGCCUUGAAAAUAAUGUUCGUUAAAAACGAAGUAAUCCCCAUUAGCAUGGUAUACGUUGGUUUUUAAAUUUGCACUAGACAGAUUUCAUACAAUUUGCACAAAAUCGCAUCAUUAUUUCAUUAACAUUUUUCUUAUUUUUUGAGUAAACUAAACAAACGUAGAACACUGGUCUUUAUUCUAAUCUUCUACCGUAAGAGAUAUAAUAGAACAGUGUAUAUUAGAAUGCGUAGGAAAAAAUUUUUUUUCUCGCCGGGCCCAAACGAAAAACGUUCGUUUUUAACAUAACAUGAAGCCCUGUGAAACAAGCUUACGUCUUCGUUGAUAAUUUUGUACGUGUUAAUCCAUUCAAAUAUAUAAAACUCGUAAGAGCGACCACUCAGGCUUUAGCUACAACGCCCUGCUUUCACAGCGCCACAUCUUAUGUUAAGCAUAAACGCUUUUCGUUCGG